CUGUGCAUGUAUGCAGAUCAACAUGAGACACAACUUUUAGUUACUUUCCUGAAGGACUUAAUAAAAAACCCAAUCAGAAUGGAAGCAAAUAAUGCAAGUUGGCCAGCCAAUGACAGCCAUCAGUUCCUCUGUCAUUUUAAUGAAAGUUUCAAGUACAUUCUUCUUCCGGUGAGCUACACCCUGGUGUUUGUGGUGGGUCUGGUGCUGAACAUCACCGCUAUGUAUUUCAUUCUGUUUCGAACCAAAGGCUGGAAGCCCAACACUAUCUUCAUGAUCAACCUCAAUAUUUGUGACACCCUCUACAUCCUCACUCUUCCCUUCCUCAUCUAUUACUACGCCGACGGGAACGACUGGCCGUUUGGAGAGCUGAUGUGUAAACUCAUCCGCUUCCUCUUCUACACAAACCUCUACGCAAGCGUGCUCUUCCUCAGCUGCAUCAGUCUGCAUCGCUUUCUGGGCGUCUGUCACCCAGUGCGGUCUAUGUCUUGGAUGAACGCUCGUCGUGCGCGGUUGAUCUCCGUGUGCAUAUGGGUGACUGUUCUUAUCUUCCAGUCACCGGUCCUCUAUUUCUCCAGGAUGAACGGUAUGCGGGUGUGUUAUGACACCACUAGCAAAGCGCUCUUUAAUGAUUUUCUGGUGUACAGUUCGGUGGUUAUGGUCCUGUUUUUCAUCAUACCGUUUGGGGUGGUGCUGGUCUGCAACGGCCUAAUGGUGAAGAAACUUCAAGAACCCGGAGUGGGCAAUGGACCAACGUCGCAGCGCUACAAGCAGAAGUCGGUGAAGAUGAUCAUCAUCGUCCUUCUGGUGUUCGUGUUGUGUUUUCUUCCCUUCCACGUGAACCGCAGUAUAUACUACACCUUUCGAUACCUGGACGAGAAUGUGAGCUGCGAGAUGCUAGAGAAUGCAAGCAUGGCCUACAAAUUCACGCGUCCUCUGGCCAGCGCCAACAGCUGCAUCGACCCCGUCCUUUACUUCAUGGCGGGACAGGGCUUCAGAAAUAACAUUAAGAGAAGGUCAAAAUCUAACAAGAGGUCUGAAAAUAUAAAAUUCCCUUCAACCAUGCUAUGACUUGUCAUGUGCAAAAACAAUCUGGAUUAAAAACUAUAGUAAAAAGUUUUUUUAAGCCAUGACCCGUCCCAGGACCACGAACCCACGAGGAAUGACACCUGUUUUUGUUAAGAGAUUUAUGAAAGUUCACUGUUCGAAAUAAAAAUGUGACCCUUGACCAAAGGCCAUUUAAUGGUAUGUGAAGGACCACCUGCACGCCUAAAUAUAUCUGUACUCAGAUAGUUUCGUUUCUUGUUAAGCAAACAGACAAAUAUGAGAUGUGUCUAGACGGUUAUUAAUUUCCCAAAGGCUUUUUAACUCCUGGCAGAAGAGAUUGACUAAACUUCGGCUCACUUCCAGGUCUUUUGUAAGGAGUAACAUGGGUGUCCUCACAGGUCAAAAAAUCUGCAACUCAUUGUAAGGUUGACAUUUAUGUCACUCCUGAAUAUUCUUUGUCAAUGAACAUAAACGUUCUGUUCAUAGUUUCUCAUUGUAGAUUUGAUCUGGGGUAUAUGGUUGCACUUUAACAACGUACAAAGAAUUGUCUUUUGCAUUAAAAUGUUCUUCUUAAAAGCAAUUUCUAUUAAACUACUGAAUGUUUAUUCGAUUUCUAUGACAAAAUAAGGGAUUUCUUUUGACAGCACAUUAGUUAACAUUUUCAUUGGUUUUAAGAGUUACAAUGUAAUGAUCAUUAGGGUUAGGGUUUAAAAAAGGAACAGCAAUGUUGAGUGGAGUUUAUAUCUGAGUUAAUACUUGUAUAAAUCUUUUAGUUAAAAGGUUUUGAACAUUAACUAAAUUGAUCUAUGUGAAAUUUUGAUUACAUUACUCAGUUUUAACAUCAGUUUUGCAAAAAUGUUUUGUUUGUCUGCUCCGGCAGAUUUCUUUGAAUAUAGGAGGCAAGCCAUUUUCAAGCCUUUCAAUACGAUUCCUUUUAGUCAGAGUCAUAUCAAACUGAUAUUUUAACACUACGGAAAAGAUUGUGUAGGAUUCAAGAUUGUUAAAUAUGUUUGAUUAUUUUAGACCAUAAAAAGGUAAGUAGUUAAUGAUUCUUUUAAGAGCCUAUGACUGAACUGAACUUUUAGCAUGUUUAUUUUUUAAGAGUGCAGAUGAACUUGAAAUUGUUGAAUCUCUUGAAAAAGUGUGAUAAUGUAAUCUAGCCUUAAAGGCAUAGUUCACCCUAAAAUGAAAAGUUUACCAUCAUUUAUUUACCUUCACUUGGUUAUAAACCUGUAUGUGACUUUCUUCUGUAGAACACAAAAGAAGAUUUUGAGAAAUGUCUCAGUGGUUUUGUGUUCAUACUCUUGCUUAGUACAUAUAAAGCCCUACAUGGUUUAGCUCCUUGGUACCUGAGCUUCUCUUGUCUUACAGUCCUUCACGUGCAUUACGCUCUCAGGUGUCUAGUCAGUUCGUAGUACCUAGAAUUUCAAAAUCAAGUGCUGGUGGUAGAUCCUAUUUCUAUCUAGCGCCUUAAUUUUGGAAUAGUCUUCCCUGUACUGUCCGGGAUGCAGACACACUCUUUCAGUUCAAAUCUAGACUAAAUACGUAUCUUUUAUAUCUUUCAUACACUACGCAUCCAUAAUACAAAUCUUCUUAGGGUUUAGGCUGCAUUAGUCAGAUCAACCGGAACCAGUAGCACUUCCUAUCACAACUGAUGUACUUAAUGCAUCAAAUAUUGUAGAACAGUAAACUGCUCUUAGCUGUCUUGUCUCCUUGUUCCGAGGUUACCACAGCGAGCAGGAUGCAGUUCAUGCCCAGACCUGAUGGUAGAGCUGACUGUGGGAAGCGGCGACCUGACAAGAGCUGAGAUGAUAGAGCUGGAUCAAGAAGGAAGCUGCGACUUAACAUGCCUUCACUACAAAAUGUUAACUGCUAUUAAAUUAUUAAUGAUACUCUCAAACUAUAAUCUACAUUAUUACUAAAUUUAUUGUUAUUUUGUCUAGUUGUGCAAACACUUUCAAGCUUUUGCCAGAGGGGAACUGGAAUCCUC